GAACACGAUUGACUUCUGAGCAGCCGCAAGCGCCAACUUUGGCCCUAUUCCCAAGUUUUGCUUGCCCGACUUUAUCAUCUGGACCAGUACUCCUCGCUCGCCAUGAUAUAGCGGUCCUCCUGAACGGCUUUGUCCUCUCCCUAUGCCUCGACCACCCACGCACUCCCGACUUGCGCCUCGAACAUGUCGUCCCCCUCUCCCCGGAGGUCCGUCGAGAGCUUCGAGUUCCUGUCGCCAAACCCGCCGCAGGGCCAGUUCCCCUUCCCCGCGCAGCAUGACUGGACGAACCGACCGAAUUCGACCGGCGGCCGCUAUCAGCCACGUCGCGGCUCCACGGCUAGCUCGAUACAUUCUGUGGGAGGAGUACUGGACACUGCAUUCAAGGGAAGCAUGGGCCCGGUGAGAGAGCAGAAUCACAAUGCGAUCUCAACCCUCCUGCAACCGCCCAUCGUGCGGACGGGUAUGCUGCCACACACCGCUGCUACUGCCAUGUCCGGGCACAAGCCACCAUCUACCAAAGACAUCCCGCCUGUGACCCUCACCAACAUCCCACACAUCGAGCCGUCGGCCUUCAAUCCCUACCUUUCACAGGUCGGCAACUUGUACGAAGCUUUCCAGCGCGCAAAGGCAGAAACAGAAGAGGCAUCAUCAGCCCUGCGAAGGGACUCCGCGAAGAAGGAUGAGCUGACCGAGGCGCUCGAGCGUCGCCUGCAAACGGGCUCACCAGCAGAGACCCCUAAACCAUCAUCCGCAAUUUUCUCUCCCGCAAGCACCCCGAAACCCAAGCGCCGAACGAGCGGAUCGAAGCGCGCGCUGCCGACCAUCACGCCGCUAUCCACAAUUCCAAACGUGUACUUUGACGAGAACUUCCACCUCGAAAACCCACGGACUUUCGACAUUGUCAGCGAGCGAUCGGAGGUCGUGCGGCCGAUACGUACACAGAGCGCUGAUGAUAUAAAUUCUGCCAAUGGGACGCUUGAGACUCCCCAGCCGUCAAGGAAGGCCCUAGCGACGAAUGCGAUACUGCAGGAGAAGCUCUCGUGGUACAUGGACACCGUGGAGGUACAUCUAAUUUCGGCAAUAUCUACUGCGUCGUCAUCUUUCUUUGCAGCACUGGGAUCGUUGCGCGAGUUGCAGUCGGAAGCGUCAGACUCCGUCGCGAAGAUAAAGACCGUUAGGGAAGACCUGGGCCGGCUGGACGAACAAAUGGCGAUAGGGGGCUUGAAGAUUGUUGAAAUGAAACGCCGCCGAGAGAAUCUUAGGAGAUUGACUGAUGCUACCGAUCAACUCCAGGCCGUCAUUGCAGGCCUCUCUAGUUGCGACGACACGGUGGACAAGGGCGAACUUGAAACUGCUAUGGCUCGACUGAAAAUGAUCGAACGACUGAUAUCCGGCGCUCUUGACACUACUGAUCCCUCCCCGACAUCCUGGAUAGACUCUCGCUUGCCUCCAACAGUGAUCGACCUCCGCAAUCUCUGGGCUUUGGACGGUGUAUCAGAAGGCAUACAGCAACUGAGGUACCGUAUUGGCAAAGGCUUCGAGGCACGGUUUCUGGAGACACUUCUCACAGACCUGAGGGAGCAUGUGAAGAACGCAUCGAGUAAGGACACCUUGCAAAGAUGGAUUACGACGACUCAAAGAGCUCGCGGGGAGCACCAAAGGAUGAAGUCGGUGCUUCCGGCGUAUUUGAGCACGAGCAACGCCUUACGCUCGGAGCUGCGCGCCAGCCUCGUGGGACUAAGCGGCUCCAAUUUUACCAAUCAAGCAAGUGCUACAUUCCGAGACGCAAUAGUACGAGAGAUGAAGGUGCUCAUCCGGAAAUAUCUCCCAAGCUCUACGGACGAUGAUGCGGAAUCCAUGACAUCCGUCUCGACGAGGAGUGGCCGUGGACACAACCAACAAGACAAGAACUCGAUACUCGCUCGAAAUCUUCGUGCAAUGGACCCCGCCGAUGCCGAAGAGUUCUUUGUGAAUAUUUUUACAGACAUCGGUGAAGCGAUACGAAGACUCAGCGUCCAAGUCAAGGUGCUCCUUGAUGUCACCAGUGGCGUCAUGACUCCACCUGCAUCCAGCGGCGGAUUCCGUUCUCCUCCGAGGAGUCCUUAUAUGGGGAGCAUUGAUGGCUCUUUGGGCAAAGAAGUCAACCCAAUGGAUUCUGCUGCGCUGCAACAAGAGUUGAUGCAGGCUCUGGAUAUGUCUAGUCUUCUUGGCCAGGCCGUUGAUGCUGCGCAAACCCAGGUCACCAAAUUGCUUAAAGUGCGUUCCGAAGCUACGACACAGAUGCCUCUUGAUCAUUUUCUCAGAUACUUCAACCUUUGCAGACUUUUCGCCGACGAAUGCGAGGCUGUGUCUGGGCGCUCUGGCGCAGCUUUAAAGGGAGUAGUGAACAAUCACAUUAUUGAGUUUGUGUCAAGAUUUGGGGACAUCGAGAAGCAGGACCUCACAAGGGUCAUGGAUUCAGAUCGCUGGGAACCGAAGGACUUUGAUGAUCAUGACGCAGAGGUGCUAGCGAGAAUCCUCAAAGCCAUGACGGCUGACCCAAUGGAGUGGGCGCAAACAGGCGCUGUUUUGGGUGAAGCCAAUGGACCAACGACCGUGAAUGGUAUCACACAGGAAACGAACGGGGUUCCUAACGAGAAAGAGAAGGGUAAGAAUCCUGCACCGGCGAUUGUGGACGAAGAGAAAUACAUAAUAUCCAACUCAUCGACGGUGGUCCUUCGCGGCAUCGAACGGUUCGAGAUACUCCUGAGCGCCAUACCCAGCAUGACGUCCGAAGUAUCGACCGCCCUCUGCGAUUACAUUAAGCUCUUCAAUUCCCGUCUCUGCCAACUCAUCCUCGGUGCCGGGGCUAUGCACAGUGCCGGCCUCAAGAACAUCAACACCAAGCAUCUCGCAAUCGCCUCGCAAACUCUUUCCUUCGUCAUCGCUAUUCUACCCUAUAUCCGCGAAUGCGCACGAAGGCAUGCCUCGGGCAACAAGCCAGUGCUCGGAGAGUUUGACAACGUCAAGCGUCUACUUCAAGACCAGCAGAGAGCAAUCCACGAUAAGCUCAUUGAUAUCAUGAGCAACCGCGCUACUGUGCAUGCUCGCAACCUCAAGAAGAUCGAUUGGGACAACGAGCAAGAAACCAAGAAGGACGUCAGUCCGAAUAUGGAGACGCUUACCAAGGAGACGGUGACUCUCCACAAGGUCAUCAACAAGUACCUACACGAGAUCCAGGUCCGAAUGAUCAUGGCGCCGGUCUUUGAGAGCUAUCGCGAACAAAUUGGGAAAGUCUUGAAGGACGCCACCGCAAAGACGGCGCCUGGCAAGCAAAGACUUCUCCGUGAUGCAAAGCUGUUUGAUGCGAAGCUCGGACAGAUCGACGGCGCUGGUAAUACGGGAUCGUACCUUAUCCAGCUUGUUGAGGCCAAGGCAGUGGCACAAAGCGAGCCUGAGCUGAAGAAGAGCGAAGAGAAGAAGCCAGUGGAAGAGACCGCGAAAAAAACAUCUACCGAAGAUGCCUCAUGAACGGUCUCGCAGGUACACCUCCUCCCGAUCCGCCUUGCCGGCUCA